AUGGCAGACCUCAAAUCCAAGAAAGCAAUUUAUGUGCGUGAAAAAGCACAUUUUUCCUGCCACAUAUGGUUUGUUUGCAAGGGGUUCCUCAUCUGCACGAGGGAAAGAGAGGGUGCAUUUGUAUCCCCUCCAAAUCUUCCAUCCAGUCCAUUCAGUGAAAUCAGCCAACAAGAGUACUUGAAAUCUCUAUCCUUUCCACAGGCACAGGUCCAUUCUUUGGCACUUUUUAACCCAUAUCAAAGUGACUUUGGACAAGCAAGAUCCUUGCAAUACAGCACUCAUGGGCAUGGAGGAAUAACUGCAGCAUUUUCUUCCCCUGAAGGGUCUGGAAGAAUACCAACACCAGAGAGACAAUUAAGUAGUGAGGGGAUUGCUGGUGAAUUGGAAGGUAUAUCAGGAAAAAAAAUCUCUCAGGGUUCAGAGGAUCUAACAUGGUCUUCAAAUGAGGAAGCAAUUGGUGUUUCUGAUUCAAUAUCAGUAAUAGAAGAUUGGAGUGAUGAUGGGUCAGGGUUAAUCCCUGGGCAUGAUUCUAGCAUGGAACUUCGCUAUUCAUCUCCUGCAAAUAGACAACUGCUGGAUGAAGGAAGAGGAAAUGAUAAUCUGUAUGAUGAAAUGAAAAAGGCCAUGGAGAAAGCCAUCGAGGAGGCUGAGAAAGAAAAGAAAAAAGCACGGGAAGAGUCUACUAGGCGUCAAGAAGCCGAAAUGGCCCUAUCGGAGGCUCAGUGCAGGGCCAAGCAUGAACUCAAGCAAAGAGAAGAAAUAGAAGAAUUACGUGCAAAAGAAAAGCAAGAACUAGAAAGCAUGAAGAGACACCAAGACAAAGUCUUGGAGGAUCUUCGGAUUGCACAAGACCAGAACUCAGAAUUGGAGUGGACAUUGGAAGAGCUGGAGCAGAAGUUCUUCUCUGCGGUUGAACUCUUGAUAUCACUUAAGAGCGAACGAGAUCAGUUGCGAAACGCAGUCAGAGAAGCUAAAAACGAACAAGAUCAGUUACGGAAUGCAGGCAAAGAAGCUAAGGGGAUGAGGAGGGCAAAAACCCGGAGAAUCUGCAUUUCUUUUUGAAGCUCUCAUUAUCAGAGGAAGGCGAAAGCUUGGAGAAUGUGCAUUUCUUUGCGAAGCUAUCUUUAUCAGAGAUUGAGGAAGCAACUCGCAACUUUGAUGCGUCCUUGAAGAUCAUUGAAGGAGCACACAGUAGUGUCUUUAAAGGACUUCUUCAUCACACAGUAGUGUUAAUAUGCCAAUUGGAUGUUAAAUCAUUGGAAA